ACACACAGACACAUCCGUAGCCAUUUUGGCUCAAGCCAGCUCGGUUCAGGCUUGCUUGAGCGAGGGAUGGCCACGGGAGGGGACCCUCUGCGGUUCCCCCGCUCGCGGCGCGAGCGCGGCGAUGCGGCGCGGCGCGCCCAGGCGGCUGCCGACGCGCUCAUUUUCAAGCUGAAGAACAGGCUCGCGGAGGCGCAGCACGAGUGCGCCCGUCUCCGCGACCUACUUGCGGGCCCUGCUGUUCCAGAUGGCGUGGCCAGGGAGGUGGCGCGCCGCGAGCGCAUUGCGCGCCCCGCCCUGUGCGCACUGGUGCAGGAGACCCCAGCUGCAGAUUGUGAAGUUCUUCGUCGUAAUGUGGCCCUGCACGCCGCGGUAUGCCCUGAGGAGUCUGACCCUCCGGCUGCAUGGCGCAAGGCGCAGCGGGGUCGGCGUCUCGCGCGCGGCAGCCGCCGUGCCUCCUGGAGGCGCCUGGCCUUUCCCCACAACGUCGAUGCGCUGGACUUCGUGCCGUCCGCAGGCUGCUGGGAGGCCCUGCCGCGCAACGAGGUCGCCGUCGACGACGUGGACUCCGUGGAGUCGUGCGACGCGGAGCUGGCUGCAGGUGCCGUGCCAGGGCCCCUGCGGGAGCCCGCGGGGGGCGACUGCCCUUGCGCUGCCGUGCCGUGCCGCGGGCGGCGGGCGCUGCGACGCGGAGGCGGGCAUUCGAUGCACGUGCGGGGCCGUGGUGUUCUCGGGCGUGGCGGUCGGCGCGCAGGCGGUUAGCAGGGCGCCGACAGUGCCUAACGUCGUCAGCCACAACGCCGCGGUCAGCACGUGCGAGGAGAGCGCUCUGCGGCAGAUCAGCGUCGGCAUCCAGAGCGACGUUUACUUUGUCGAGGGCGUGGAGAAGCAGAUGAGGCUCUGGGGCCAGGAGCACCCUGGCCGAACGACCCGUCCAUUCGUGCGGCGCCGCGCUCGGGUGGACGCGGCGAGUUCGGGAGCUGGCGCGCCGCCGCUUCCGCAGCUCGAGGAGCGUGGCGGGGCCGAGCCCCGAGCCGCCCUCGGAGUGCAGGAAUCGCGGGGGGCGAGUGAGUGAGUGAGGUUGGCAUGCAGUUGCAUUCGUGGGUUCGUGUGUAGAGCUGUUUUGCCUGUGAGUGAAGACUCCUGUGUUCAGUCGCAGUCGAGUUCACGGUGGGCGGUGGCCCAAGGCGGCCCCGCUGGGUGUGCGAGAGGCGGCCCUAGGUGGCCCCUCUCGGAUGGGCGGCCC